UCACAGGAUUUUGUGCGUGCGUUAGUGCAAAGUCGGUGUUACCACAGUGUGACUUUGAAAAAUUUGCGUGUUGACGAAAAAUUUGCGUGUGUUGACGAAUAACGUGUAAAUACAUUUAUACAUUGGAGCUAUUUUUCGUAACAUCGUAUAAAAUGGAGAAAAGGAAAGGAUAUAAAAUUUGCAGCGUUCAAAAGUGCCGAAAUAAAACCACAAAACCAAAUACCCAUUUUUUUCACUUUCCUAAGGAUAUUGAACGGUUAAGACAAUGGGCAAUUAUAUGUGGUCGAGAAGAUCUUUUGGAAAAGUCACCAAAAAUGGUAUAUCUCAGCAAUGUAGUUUGCAGCGAUCACUUUGAAGACAGAAUGUAUGCAAAUGAUUUAAAAAACCGGUUGCUUCCUGUAGCUCAACCAACUCUCAAUUUGACAGAAAAUUUGGAAAGUGUUGAAAAUAAUAUGGAUUGUGCAAAUGUAAGCGCUGGCACUUCAUUUGGCAUUCGACAAAUCACUCGUUCGUUGGAAGAGAAAGAAAGGGUGCAGUUUUCUGCAGAGCAUGAUGUACAAGUGGAACACAAUUACGUGAACUUGGAACCAAUUGACACCACCAAUUUUCUUCAGAUUUCAAUUACCGAUUUUGCAGCAAACAACAGCAGUGUGACAGAUUCUAAUAUUGUAGUUACUGCAGAGCGUCCCAGUGCAUCAAGAACCCAGUGUGUUAAGGACAGCAGAGGAGCCCAACUGCCACACAGUCAAAGUCUUUAUAAAGUUACUCAAACUCCGCAGUCUUUAUCUGCUCAUUCUCCGAGAAAAUUAAAGCUACAACAAAAAAUAAAAAACCUAGAAAAAGAGAUUGUCACUCUGCGUGGAAUAAUCAAAAGAAUUGAAGAUGUAACUGAAGAUCAAUUUCUGAAUGCCUGUGAAAAAUUUAUGUCACCUCUAAUAGCAUUGUUCGUAAGAGAGCAAGUAUUAUCUGGCAAGAAAAAAUACCGAGGUCGGAGGUAUUCUCUACAACUUAAACAAUUGUGCUUGAAUUUAUAUUUUAAAGGGCCAAGAACGUACAGGAUGUUGUCAUCAAUAUUUGAUUUGCCAGCCAGAAAGACUCUCAAUAAAAUGACAACUAAUAUUUCUAUUACGAGUGGUUUAAACCAAAACGUAUUAAAUUUAUUAGCCGUUAAAUUUACAACUAUGCAAGAGUCUGAAAAAAUUUGUGUGAUAUGCUUUGAUGAAAUGUCAUUAAAAUGUCAUUUAUAUUAUAAUACAAAGGCUGAUGAAGUUAUUGGUUUUCAUGAUAGAAAAUAA